AUGGAUUAUCCAAUUUGUGCUGAAAUUCUUCCUGGCCUUUUCAUAGGAGAAUAUAGGAUCGCUCAAGAUAUGUCACUUCUCUUUAGUAACCAUAUAACUCACGUCAUUAUUGCAGCUGAGGGCCUUGAGCAGCUUUACACUAAUCAAAUUCAUUACAAAUAUCUUCCGAUUCUUGACACUCCUGAUCAAGACAUCUACCAAUAUAAUCAAGGAACCUCUUUAGAUAGUCCUGGGUAGGAGGAUGCUUGGUAGCUUCCCGAGUUGGUUAUCCAACUCAAAUUGAUGAAUCAACUCGAGGAGUUGACAAAUAAGCCCAAUGCGAGGAUAGCCAGCUCAUGGAGUUGCCUACCCCUUUGCUAAAGGAGGAGUUAAUUUUUUUUUAAAAACAAAUUAUAAAUAAAUUUUUAUAGUAAAUCAUUUUUUUAAAAUUUCAAAAAAUCCAAUUAAUUUAAUUUGUAAAAUUUACUUUUUAAAAUGCAAGUUGUUUAUUAAACAGAAUUAGCUAGAGAUUUCAUUAUAUUAAUUAUCACUAAUAUAUCAAAUAUUUUUCAUAAAAACCUUUAUUGUAAAAAAUUUUUUUGUGCUAUCACGGAAGGUGGGUUUUUGCGCAAAAAUAGGGAUUUCCCCAACGAUUUUGUUUGCUGUCGAAGUGGGAGGUUAGUAUUCUCUAAGUACAGAACUAUCUAAAGGGUUUUUUGGGCUAUAUUUUGAAGAAUCCAUCGAAUUCAUAGAAAAUGCCAUUUCACAAGGUGGAAAAGUUCUAGUUCAUUGGUAAUUUUUAUCUAGUCUCAGCGGAAUUUCUCGAAGUGCUGCAAUAGUUACAGCCUACGUGAUAAAACACAAAAAUAUCAAAACUGCAGAAGCUUUACAAUUCAUACAAUCUUUGUAUCCUCUAGCAUGCCCAAACGAUUCAUUUAUGAAUCAACUUGUAAGAUUCGAAACAUUUUUAGGGCUGCUUGCAGAAGUACCUUAUUCUUGCAAAAUUUGCCAUACACAGCUUUUCACAAAAGCAGAUUUAGAAGAGCACACAUCACAAACAUCCAAAAAAUUCAAAAAAGGUAGCAGAGGAAAUGAUAUUUGCACUUCAAUAUUUGUAAGGAAAAUGAACUGAAUGCAAAACACAGAAGAAAUUGAUGGGAAAAUCGAGUGCCCACAUUGCAUGAAUAAGUUGGGAGAGUUUAAUUGGUCUGGGAGACAGUGCUCGUGUGGAAGAUUUGUGGCGCCAGCUUUCCAGGUGCAUAAUUCAGCAGUUGAAGCGAAGAGAUCAAAUUUAGAUCAUUACAUAGCAGGCCCAAAGGUUUGGAGUAAAUAG